GCGCGGGGCGGGGGCCGGAAGCGGCGGGAGCGGCGGGGUCGGGGCGGCGCCGGGAGCGGCGGAGCGGGAGCGGCGUGAGGUUGUGGACAGCAGCAGACAUGGAGAGGCUGGUUGAGAGGCUGGAGAAGGCUGUGGAGCGCCUGGAGACCGUGUGCCAAGGGCCUGGCAUGUGUGGAGAUGGCUCUGCCAAAGGAGUGGCUCAGUACGUGCAGGCUUUCGAUGCCCUUCUGGCCGGGCCGGUGGCUGAGUACAUCAAGAUCAGCAAAGACGUGGGUGGUGAUGUGCAGAAGCAUGCUGAGAUGGUCCAYGCAGGUUUGAUGAGCGAGAGGGCCCUUCUGGUGGUGGCAUCUCAGCACCAGCAGCCAGCAGAGAAUGCCUUCUCAGCACUGCUCAAGCCCAUCUCGGAGCAGAUCCAGGCRGUGCAGAAUUUCAGGGAGAAGAACCGUGGCAGCAAACUGUUCAAUCACYUAUCAGCAGUCAGUGAGAGCAUCCCAGCCCUGGGCUGGGUGGCCAUGGCUCCAAAGCCUGGUCCCUACGUGAAGGAAAUGACUGAUGCUGCCAUGUUUUACACCAACCGRAUCCUCAAGGAGUACAAGGACGUGGAUAAAAAACAAGUGGACUGGGUGAAAGCUUAUCUGAGCAUCUGGACAGAGCUGCAGGCCUACAUCAAAGAGUACCACACCACGGGGCUGACCUGGAGCAAAACUGGUCCCGUGGCCACAGAAGGGGCUAAAGCACCUCCUGCUCCUCCAGCUGGGGCUGCUCCUCCUCCUCCAGGGCCUCCUCCUCCUCCUCCUCCUGCCCCCAUGAGCUCCAGCACAGACGACUCAGCCUCGCGCUCGGCGCUCUUUGCUCAGAUCAACCGGGGAGAAGGGAUCACCUCGGGUUUGAGGCACGUCUCUGAUGACAUGAAAACCCACAAGAACCCAGCCCUCAAGAACCAAGGGGGUCCCCUGAGAAGYGGCCCCAAACCUUUCACUGCUCCCAAACCAGCCUGCAAUGCUAAUCCCUCCCCAAAAGCACCUCCACUGCUGGAAUUGGAAGGCAAAAAAUGGAGAGUGGAAAACCAGGAGAAUGCCACUAACCUGGUGAUCAGUGACACAGAGCUGAAGCAGGUAGCCUACGUUUUCAAGUGCACAAACAGCACACUCCAAAUCAAAGGCAAGAUCAACUCCAUCACUUUGGAUAACUGCAAGAAGCUGGGUCUGGUGUUUGAUGACGUGGUGGGCAUUGUAGAGAUCAUCAACAGCAGGGAUGUGAAAGUUCAGGUCAUGGGUAAAGUGCCAACAAUUUCCAUCAACAAGACAGAUGGGUGCCACGUGUACCUGAGCAAGAGCUCCCUCGACUGCGAGAUCGUCAGUGCCAAAUCCUCGGAGAUGAACGUGCUCAUCCCCACCGAGGGAGGGGAUUUUACUGAAUUCCCUGUCCCAGAACAGUUCAAGACAGUGUGGAACGGUCAGAAGUUGGUYACCACUGUGACAGAAAUCGCUGGCUAAGCCCAAAAGCUCCAAGGCUCACACCUUCCCCUGGCCCUGCUGUGGGACAAAAUCUGCUUUCAGAUGAUUCUCUUUAGAUUUCUUGUACCUUUCUGCUCUCAAACUGCUUCUCUUCUGCCCGAGAGACACAGCUGCCUGCCGUCACUGAGAUUCCUCUGCCUGGGGCUUGGGGUCAGUGAUUGCCCAUCUCUAUCAGCAGGAAGGUGUAUUUUAUUUUAUUUUUUCUUUUUUUUCUCUCCCCUUGUCCCAUCUAACCACACCAAUUGGUGACUUUCACAGCCACUCCUGGCUUUCAGUUGGCUUUCAGAGUGUUGGUUUUGUAUUGCCUUUAAGUCAAACUGUUCACGUGACAGGAAUGUUGUCCCCCUUUUUAAAAAGUCUGUCGGAGUCCACAGUACCCAGCUGCUAUGGAAGGUUCUGGAAGCUGCUCAUUCCAGCUGUCUGGAGUAGCUGGUGGCAUCACAGGGAACGGUUUAGUGGGACCAAAAGCUGAGGAGCUGGGCUGUAACAUUCCACCCUGCUUGCUCUUUCAUCACUCCCAGUAGCUCAGUGCAUUCCUGAUUGUGCCAUGACACGAGGUUUUCAUGAAGCAGUGCCACAGGAGGGUGGCAGAGGUGGCACUGUGCCCACUGUGGCAGCUCAGAGCUGAGCACCUCUCAUUCCACCUUCACAAGGAAAACUUUACCCCUUUUCUUGGAGCAGCUGAACUCAGGUUCAGUCUUCCAGGAYGGUUUUUGUGAACCUGAGGAAGGGCCUCCUCCAUUCCAGGUCAGUAGUGCAGAGUUGUAAAUACCCAACAGAGUUGGAUCAAGUGGGUUCAUCACUCUCUUCCUCAUCUUCAAUCAUCCCCACGAAAUAAAUCCUCAGUUUUUCCCCUUUU